CUCUUUGUCAUAUGACGUUAAAGUUUAUAAUAUUCUUUAAAUUGUCACAUUUAUUUGUGUAGUCUUGUGAUUAUAAAUGGAGGUCCGUAGAGACUCCACCAGGUUAGGCCUGGCCUCUAACUGCUCAGACCUGAACACUAAUGAUGAAGCACUGGAGUAUGACUUCCCUGAUGUUUCCAUUACGGAGAGUUCAAAGUCCGGAGAUUCUUUCAGCGAAUUCGGAGAAGGUUCCUGCGGGGAGCCGCAGAUGGCCCAGCACCUGGUGGUAGACUUCACGCACAGCGAGACUGACAGCGAGUUUGUGCAGAAGAAAUGCUGUGCCUUCUGGGAGCUCGUCGAGAGCCACCCGGAAAUACACCAUUUGAUGGUUAUGCCGGAUUCUCAAAUGUACCCUAGUACUCAAUCAUCUACAGUUGAUAGUGUCGACACUAAAGAGGUGUUCCCGGAGACGUUGGAGGAGGAACCAGAAAUUAAAGAACAUACAGCCGUGUCUAUGCUAGAUUUCGUUACCAGGGAAGGUAUGAUCGACAAAUCGUUUGAGGCCAAGAUUCCUCAGACUUUCUGUCCUCUUGGCUCCAGAGAAUACAUGGAAAAUGAGGCGACACAACAACCUAAACCACACAAAAAGAAGGAAAAGGAUCCUGCACUUUGCCACUGCCCCCGCGAACGCGUAUGCUGCAGCAGGGCGAAGGCUGCAGACGUAAUCCCAGCCUCCUCGGAGAAAGUCCGGGCCAUGUGCAAGACUAUGAAGAAAUGGGACUUACAACAUCCUAAGUCAAUGGAGCCCCCCGCUCGUGCCGUGCCGCUUAUCCACAGCGUCAUGCAAAGAAGACUCGACUGAUUAAUUUUUAUUCGCGUGUUUACAUGUUUCUUGUGUUUAGUUUGUAAAUGAACUUAGUUUAUAAACUGUUAGUUUAUUUGUUAAAUUUUAGAAUUAUUUUUAUAUGUUAAUUGUUGUUUAAUUGUGUAAGCUUGUUAGAUAAAUUUGUUUGGAUAUAAUA